AGCAGCCAAUCAGCGUGUCCGUCGUACGCCGCUGGCCGGAAGAAGGAAGCUGAAUGUAAAAAAGGGCGCCUUGAUUAAAAGCGGAGACGUUACCUGAAGCGCCCUCCUCCUCCUCCUCUUCCUCCUCCUCCACAUCACCGUGACCAUGAGUCUCCUCCCUGGUCCAAGCGGCACCAUCCAGGAGCAGAGGGACCGCUGGGAGAGGAAACGCAGCCGAACGGCCAAAGAGUUGGUGAAGACGGAGCAGCUCUACUGCCAGCAGCUGAGGCUGGUCACCACUUACUUUGUGGAGAUCCUGAAGGCCAAAGGAACCCUGAAACAGGACAUUAGAGAAAACAUCUUCAGUUCAAUUCAAGCAAUUCAUUCCGUAAACCAAUCUUUGUUGGUCCAUUUGGAGAACGGCUACUUUGGCCGAGGAUUCGACCAGUUCUGUCCACAUCUGCAACACUACGACGCGUAUGCGGACAACAUCUAUAACGCCAACAAAGUGCUCGGGACCCAGCUGAAAAAAAACAAGGCCUUCAGACGUUUCAAGAAACUACAGGAAACCCGACCGGAGUUCGACAACCACGAGCUGGAGGAUUUACUGCAGCUUCCCCUUCAGCGGAUUGAUCAGUACAUGCAUUUCUUACAAGACCUGACUGCCAACACGAGUCCAGACAAUCCAGAGUUUGAGCAGCUGUCUAGGGCGGUGACUGCGGUGGGCAAAGUGUCCCAGCGCAUCCAGAACAAUACCAGGCGCCAUGAGAACCACCUGCAGCUCUGCCGGGUGCAGAAACUGCUGAAGGGACGGAGUACAAAGGUGCUGGCUGCAGGGAGGUGGUACAUCCGCGAGGGCUGGCUGAAUAUGGUUCCUCCGAAAGGUGCAGAGGCAAAGCCCAAGAUGUUCUUCCUGUUCUCUGACAUGCUGCUGCAGGCCAAGCGCUGCAGCCCACUGCAUCCCACCAAUGGGGACAAAUUCACCGGCCAGCACAUCUACCCGCUGCAGGAUUGCACUGUGGAGAAGGUGUUUGGGCACACCAAGAGCAAAGGAGGCCUGCUCAGUCUAACCUUCCCCAAAGCCAAGCUCCUGCUCAUGUCCAGCAACCAGAAGGAUCUGAACGACUGGCACCAAAGUCUGAGCUCAGCAAUCAGUAAGCUGCACUCGAAACAGACAGUGAUCCAUCAAAGAGGUGAGUGUGGCCAGAGACCCCUCCACUCAGCCGCUGACAGCCACAACACACCGAGCAGCAGCAGCAGCAGCAGCAGCAGCAACAACAACCCCGGAAGGAAGAGAAACAUGGGAAACACUGAGGCCACUGAGCCUCCCCGGGAUCAUCCAGUGUGGGAGGGCAGCGCCCCCAAAAGGAUGAAGCAGUGUGACGCUCCAGAGCAGAGCAGUGCGGAGGCGUCCACCUCUGGCUGCGUGAUCCUCUGAGGGACCUCCCGCUCCUCAGCCUCUCUGGACGCAAAUCAGUUUUGCGAUGACGGUGGAUCCUGGCCGGUUUCCUCUCAGACUCACCUCACCUCAGCGACUGUACGUCCGUGAUGCCGACAGCCAUUUUCAUUAUGCCUUAACUGUUUUAACAUGUCAGCACGUUUUACUAACAGCAGCUUCUGCUCAUUCCUGUGCAAUAUAAACUAUUUUGAUGUGCUGCUUCAAAGACCAAAUAUCUGAUGAUUGUUUUAACUGUGUGUCUGCUGCUGGCCCCCCAGCAGAGAUUCAUCUACACACAAUGUUGUCACACCAACACUCCUUUUCCCCAGACUGUGCCUUAAUGCACCACCUCCACUAGAUGUUUCAGUAUAGUCUACAUUCUACUUUACAUUUACAGGAAGGAAAGGGAAAAAAUAGUACAAGGUAGAUCUGAAUAGUCAGUAAAUGAAACCAUAAAAACAUCGGCAGGCUCGGUCCUCGGAAGAGUGGCAUUUAGUGCAACAUGUAAGUGGUGAUUAUGUAUGAAAAUGUACUUCAAACAUUAUGAAAUGAAUAAACAUACAAAUAAAGAGUAAAGUACAAAAUCUUUAUACCGACAAUUGGCGAAAUAAAAAUGAAAAUGCAGCGAUUAAUGAUUUUAAUAAUAUAUAUUUUUUCCAUUUUGACUGUCAUAAGAGAGAGACUGCCAGAAUGUCCUCACGAUAUUUUUUCAACCAAAAUUUGUCCUGAUAACUCUAGAAAGACAACAAGUGACCACUUGUGUGUCAGUGGAUGAAAUGCUUUUUUGAAAUAGACAUUCAAAAGCUUUUUGUCUUUAAAGAAACAAUAAAAAUUACUAUAUAUAUAUAUAUUUAUACACAGUAAUUAGUUUAGUUAAGCAGUUGAAUCAUUUCACAAUUAAUUGAUUCAUCGAUCCAUUUUGCUUAAUUCAUUGCUAUGAUUAUUUCUUUCAUAAUGUCUCAUUAUUGUGUUCCAUUAUUAUGACAUCAUUUAAUCUAACUGAAGGCUCAUGUAUAAAUUAUCAGAUUAUUGAUCAUAACCACAAAACCAGCCCUGCUCUCAUAUCGUUGCAGCACACUGUUGAUGAAGUGUUCAAUAGGACACUACUUAUGGAAUGUCUCAAUGUCUAAUCAUCGAUCGUUUGCCACAUGUACAUGAGACAUGGGAGACGUGCAUAUGUUCACACGCACGGUUGUGUUUUUAAAAUGACAGCCGGCGUUUGUGUGGAUUUCAGUGACGCGUGAACAAACCAGACAUGAAAACCUGGUCACGAUCCUGAUUAUGUUUUCAUUUCUUUUUCAUCAUAACCAUAAUAUCCUCUAUCCUACAUUAUAUCCUUUAUCGACCAAUCAACAUUUAUUUAUGUUUCUCUUCUGUUUGACGCUUUGAUAGACUUUUUACUAACUCUUGUUUUUGCAUUGAUAAGCUGGGUGGGUAUUUUUACACUUUAUUUUUAUGAUCCUAUUUUUUACACCUUUCAAAAAGAAAAGAUUCUCUCUAAAGUUGUUGAACGAGGUGGAAGUAACGGGGCAACUUGACAAUAAAACUCUAUAAGAAGUC